AUGGCGAUGACCCCCACGACAGCAGCGAUGCCACGUGCAGCAGCUGCUGUGAACUCUAUACAGCCACCAGCUUCUGCUACGAGCAUGCGGAUGCCCAGCAGUAGAUUCACGUACCACCACUUUGCAGGGGGCGCUGUUGGCGGGAUGACAGCUGCACUGAUCACGUCGCCGCUGGAGGUCGUCAAGACGCGACUGCAGAUCCGAGGCGGAGGGGGGUCCUUUGGGACACAAACGACGUUUGGCGUCAUGCGCUCAAUCGGAAAAGCUGAGUCGGUGUUUGGACUAUGGAGAGGCAUCACACCCACUUUGAUUGGUGUUAUCCCAGCACGCGCGAUCUACUUUGGCUCGUACUCGACGUUCAAGGAAAAGCUGAAUGCGUACGGAUUGAACGGCCGUGCAUUUAAUUUCCUGUCGGCUGCUGGGGCUGGAUCCAUCUCGGCGACCUUGUGCUGUCCCAUUUGGGUCGUCAAAACGCGUCUGCAGCUCAUGCCAGCGCAUGCCAUGACUGCUUCUGCUGUCAAGAUGCGUCGGAAUGUAGUGUCAGUUGGCUUUGCAGACGUUGAGACGGCCGUUGCGACGAAGGCCCGGCCGCAGUUCUCGAGUAUCUGUCAUGCGGCAUUAGACAUGUACCAUAAAGAAGGUCCACGGGCGUUUUUCCGGGGCCUAUCGGCUUCGUAUUGGGGCAUAUCGGAGAGCGCCAUUCAGUUUGCCUUGUAUGAAGAGUGCAAGAACCAUAUCGAAGAGCCCACAAAUCUUCAGUACUUCUUGACGGCUGGCGCUUGCAAACUGCUAGCUUCGGUAUGCACUUACCCACACGAGGUUAUCCGAACACGAAUGCGCGACCAGCGGGCGCCAUUGGACUCCAAAGAACUCAAGUAUCGGUCGAUGAUCCAGUCGAUCAUCACGAUUUACAAGGAAGAAGGGAGACGAGGUUUGUACUCAGGGAUGCCCGCGCAUUUAAUGCGUGUUGUACCGAACGCUGCAAUUUUGUUCAUGGUGGUAGAAGCUGUCGCAAAGAAGGAGUAA